GAGUAGUAUACAUUUUCAAGAUGUCAUAGAUAAAAAAUUUGUAUUUCUCAAAAUCUGUUUCGUUCUUUUAGACUUGAUAUUAAUUUGGAAAUGUCUCGACAAUCUUCAAGACAGAAGACUGUCAUCAUUGGAGCUGGUCCUGUUGGAGCUUUAGCAGCUUUAUAUGCAGCGCAAAGAGGGGAUGAUGUUGAAAUAUAUGAGCUCCGAAGUGGUACGUUCUGAGUUUUUAUCAAUUUUGGUCUAAAUCUCCGUGGGAUGGAAUGAAACUAUACCAUGAAGUUCAAAAUGAUGUGAUUCCAACCAGAUUAAGUGAAAGCUCACUGUUACGAAGAGAGUCAGCAUCACCCAUGUCAGGGUUUUUAACGGUGGGAUUAUUCGAGUGAAGCUGUCGCCACAAAUUCUUCAAGAAUGAUUCUGCUAUCGACCUUUUUUGGUCGAAAAUUAAAGACAUUUUAUUUCUAUCAUGUUGUUUUGUCCUCCAGAUGUACACUUUACUGGAGAACGAGUCACUCCAUUUAUUUAUCACUCCUGUGCUGCAGCCAUGAUCGCCCAUUAACAAAGUCCUAGAUCUCCGGGAUCCUUCUACAACACCUUUGAAUUUUACAAAGUCUAUCAAUCUCGCUUUAUCAGAAAGGGGUAUAAAUGCCAUAAGACAAUCUGGUCGCACGGAGCUCCUAGAUAGUAUCAUGAAAGAAGCGAUACCUAUGGGAGGUAGGAUGAUCCAUGGCGAGACAAAUGACAAGGAGCUUUACGAACAGUCUCAAGAUUAUGAUAUCCACGGAAGAGUAUGGCGACAUGUGAUUCCAGUGGUUUUUUGGUUACUGACAUAAUAUUCAGUCAAUUUAUGCCGUGGAUAGAGGAGAUCUUAAUAAAAGAUUACUCGACAAACUUGAGUCUCUUCCUAAUGUCACAUUCAAAUUCAAUCAUAAAUUAACUGGAGCGGAUUUUAAGAAUAAAAAGGCAUGGUUCGAAGUUCAUGGUGGGAAAUCACUACAAUGGUCUGUUGAGAUUAGAGACCAAGAAGUAGAAGUUGAUUUCGACUUCCUCGUUGGAGCUGAUGGUGCUCACUCGGCUACACGUUACCACUUAAUGAAAUACCUCCGAAUGGAUUAUCAGCAAGAAUACAUUGACACCUUGUGGUGUGAGUUCACGAUAGGUGCUCAAGAACAAACAGGGGAUGAUUCAGUAUCCCGCUUCAAAAUAUCUCCAAAUCAUUUACACAUUUGGCCAGGUCGAGAUUUCAUGUUCAUUGCAAUUCCUAGCACGGUAUGUAGGCCCUGUUCUGCUUUUUUCCUUUCAGUUACCUUCUCACAUUUUAUAGGAUGGCUCUUUCACAUGCACUCUCUUCAUGCCAUCAGGACCUUUCAAUGAACUCGAACUAGACCCUAAAAAAGUCCCCUCAUUUUUCGAUGAACACUUCCCAGGCGUCACAAAACUCAUUGACCAUGCCUCACUAAUAUCAUCAUUCACGAAUAACCCCCAUCUUCCACUCAUAAGUAUCAAAUGCAAACCAUACCACUUUCAAGACUCGGUUGUCAUCCUCGGCGAUGCUGCUCACGCAAUGGUCCCGUUCUACGGGCAAGGAAUGAACGCCGGUUUGGAAGACGUUCGCGUUCUUUACUCCCUUCUCGACAACGAAAAAAGCAAUUUCCCACGUCUUAGUACCGAAGCCUGUCGCUCAGUCGCUCUAAAUCUAUAUUCCGAAAUACGCAAAGCUGACGCCCAUGCCAUCAAUGAUCUAGCUCUCCAGAAUUACAUAGAAAUGCGUGCUUCCGUCAUCUCACCAGUUUACAAAUUCCGCAAAUGGUUAGAAGAAACCUUGAGUGUACAUGUACCUCGCCUUGGGUGGCAAACAAAAUACGCUCGUGUUAGUUUUAGUAAUGAGAGAUAUUCCGACAUCGUAAGGCAGAGCGAGAAACAGGGAAAAUUAAUCUUGGUAGGAUUGGUGGGUGUGCUAACAUCACCGAUUGUGAUGGGAGGAUUAUUAGCAUAUUAUAGAUGGAGAAGAACUCAUGCGCCUACGAGAAAAUUCUUGGGUAUUGGAGCGAUGCUGACAGCAUGGUUGGGAUCGAAAGCUUGAGAAGUUCCAUGUGUUUGUAUAUUUUCCUGCACAUUUUCCACUUCUUCUUGUAUUAUUAUCUCGAUAGAUACUCGGAUUUACAUAAAUAGUCAAGAUGCAUUUUUGCGAAACGAUCAUUACAUGUUCUUUAUAUCCAAUAACCACCUCGGGCAAAGUUGACACCGAGUGGAUAUUG